AAAAAUAGAAUACCUAUCGUAAGUUGAUUGAAAAUUUUGGUUUUGUACCUAAUUAUUGUUCAUUUAUUCUGUUGCUGUGAAGGAUAAACUUGAGAAAAUAAUUAAAACCAUUACUACUAUUUGUUCCGUCCAGUUUCAACAAACCGUAGGUUUCAACAGAACACAGUGAAGUUAUUAGCGACUUGACCUCUGCUAAGAAAAGGAGACUCCGGAGGAAAAAAUUGCUGGCUUCUCGAGUUUGUGAUCCCUCCGUGAACGUUACAAGUAAUAAUAUAGAAAACCCUACUUGCCUGUUGGGUAAAAUCCAAAACAGUCUUCCCACUUUAACAAAUAAUAAAAAAGUGCCAAAGGAAGUCCAUUCGGAAGUAAUUUCCGCAAAUAACACUUCUAAUUUAGGUAUUGCACUUGUCCAACAUUUCAAGAAAGUAGAUACAAACAAUAGAGCAAGUAAGCAAGAACAAGCAAUAGAGAAUACAAACAUGUCUUCGAAUCAAACAGCUAAGUCUAGAGAGGAAGUAUUAGCAGCAAGGGAAGCAAAGAAACAGGCAAAAUUAAAAGGAAAGAACAACAAUGCUAUACCAGGUGGUGACAAUACCAUUGGUAACAAAAAGAUAGGAAAUGUAGCAUCAAAAGAUAAUAGCAAAAAAGAUAAUACAACACCAGUACAAAACAAAACAGGUGCAUCUAAUUGUGUAGAUGAAGUCGAUAGAGCAGCUGUUAAGGAACCAGCAUUGGACCAAGCUGCAGACAACCAAAAGACAAAGGAACAAAUUAUAGCUGAAAGAGCAGCUAAGAAGGCAGCAAAACAAGCUAGGAGAAAAGGACCUGAUGACGUAGCUGCUAACCCUGACAUGACUGUCAAAGAUGUAGUGGAGACACUGAAAGACAUCAAGAAUGUAGCGAAGGAUAUUCAAGAUAUCACAGCUAAAGUUAGUGCAAUUAAUUUUGAAGCUAAGAAGAAACCAGUUGUCAAUGCAGAAACUAACAAAGCCCCAGGGGAAGACAGCUCAGGCAAAAGCAAGGCAGAGUUGAGGGCGGAGAGGAGAGCGAAGCAAGAGGCUCAGCGAGCGGCCAAGCAAGCAACCGUGGACAAGGCUGCCAAGGCCAAACCUGAACCUAAGAAACCAGAGGUUGCGGUCAAACCUGAAGGAGAUAUUGUUAAGGAAAAAUCACCAAAACCGAAAUCUUUAGAGAAAGCAAAGCCGAAGUCUGUGAAUGCAAACAGAGUGAACUGGUUCCAGCAUCUGUACACUGCACAGGAUAAGGAUGCACUCCAGAAGGUGUCUCUCAAUUCUACUCUCCACCCAGCCAUCGUCAGGCUAGGUGUGCAGCUGGCGUCGCGCGUCAUCACAGGAUCCAAUGCGAGGUGUAUAGCACUUCUCAAUGCUAUUAAGGAGAUGGUGAAAGACUACACGCUGCCAGCCAAGACGGAGUUCUCGCGCGGGCUGGAGUCGCACCUGACCGCGAGCCUGGAGUACCUGUGGGCCAUGCGGCAGCCCUCCGCCGCGCAGACCAACGCGGUCAAGUACUUCCGGCACCAGCUCACGCAGCUGCCCAACAAUGUCGACGAGUUUGACGCCAAGAAGAGGCUACAAGAAGAAAUAGACCAUUACAUAGAAGAUCAGAUCGACAAGGCGGGAGAAGCGAUCAGCAUGGCUGUGCAGAAGAAGAUUUCUACUGGUGACAAUAUCCUCACUUAUGGCUGCUCAUCGCUAAUCGAGCGCAUCCUCCGCGAGGCGUGGAGUUCCCAGCUGAAGUUCCGCACCGUCAUCGUCGGGGACCGCGUGUCCGACGACGGUAGAGAGAUGCUGCGGCGACUCGUGGCCGCCGGCCUGCCCUGCAGCUAUGUGGACAUAACAGCUAUUAGCUUCGUCAUGAACACUAUCGACAAGGUGCUACUAGGUGCGAGCUCGCUGCUCGUCAACGGGUCGGUGCUGGGCGCGGCGGGCACCGCCCAGGUGGCGCUGGCGGCUGCGGCCAGCAACGUGCCCGUGCUGGUGGCCUGCGAAACGCACAAGUUCAGCGAGCGCGUGCAGACUGAUGCCUUCGUCUAUAACGAACUCGGCGAUCCCGACGCUCUGAUCGACAAGAACGAUGAGAAUUCCCCGCUCAAGGAUUGGCGUUCCAACCCGAACCUGACGCCUCUAAACCUGACCUAUGACGUCACUCCGGCGAGUCUAGUCACCGCAGUGAUCACGGAGAAGGCUAUCCUACCCUGCACUAGCGCGCCGGUCGUGCUGAGAACCAAACUGACAGAAUAUGGCAUGUGAAAU